AUGCCCCUGGCCGACCGCUCCGGUAGCGUCCUCGUGGUCAGCGCAGUCUUCCUGGGCAUCGCGACUCUGUUCACGGUCUUACGAUGCAUCUCAAAGUUUGGCAUCAGGAAGCGCGUUGACACCGACGACCUCGUCACUAUUCUGGCUUGGCUGUUCACGGCCGCUCUCUGUAUCUCCAUCAUCUUCGGCGCAACUGUUGGUGUGGGUAAACCUGAUGCUUUGAUCCUUGACGAAUGGAGGGGGCCUCUCAAGAAGGCGGUAUACGUUUACCCCAUGUUUUACAACCUGAGCAGCAUGCUCGCCAAAACGGCGACCCUGCUGCUCUACAUCCGCAUGGCGAGCGCACACCCGUUUCUCCGGUACGCGAGCUAUGUGGUUCUCGCGAUCGUCGACGUUGCGGGUAUCGUGCUUGUCUUCCUCAACAUUUUCCAAUGUAGGCCAAUCGCGGCGGCCUGGCGUAACGACAUUCAAGGCAAGUGUUACGACAAUGUCACCCUCUUCCUUUCUUCCGCACCUGUCAACAUUCUCUCGGACAUUGCCAUCCUCAUGCUCCCCCUGCCGAUCAUCACCGAGCUCCGCAUGGAAAGGAGAGCAAAGAUUGGCCUGGUUAUGACGUUCAUGUGCGGUGUAUUUGUCGCUGCGGUCGACGUCGUCCGCAUUGCGUAUCUUCAAAUCUCGCUCAGAGAGCAAAUCCAGAUCGGCACCGACCACGUCAGUGCCAAUACAAGACCGAUCAACUUCUACUGGUACACGGCAUGGGGCCUCAUGUGGUCUGCGAUAGAGUGCUGCGUCCGCUUGUGCUGCACAUGUGCUCUUGUACUCAAGCCCCUCUUGCAGCGCAUCAGAGAGAGGGGAAGGCAGAUCAACUCGCACAACAACUCGCCCAACAACCUGUCGCGUGGGGCAGUUGGAGACUCGGGGGAGCACGUGCACUUUCACGACGCCACCGAUGCUGCGUCUCCCGGGAUCGACUUCGGAGCGUUCAAGGAACCCCAUUCACCGCGCAACUUGCCACUCCAAGCCAUCCUCGAAACGAGCCCAGACGUGCCGGACGAGGACACCAUGGAUAUCAUGGCGUUCUUCAACGCGGGCCCACCCGCGGCCUCUCCACCGGGUUCGUCCAUGUCUACAGUGCCACCCCCUCCUGAUCCGCCGUCCGUCACCUCGAACGGCCACGUCGAGAUGAACGGCAACGGCAAUGGUAGUGGUCUACCAAGUUCGUUCCCGAAUCUCCAUAAGCCGUCGUCCCGGAUCAGCCACGUAUUCGGUGCCCCACUGCACAAGCAGGUGUCGCGUAUCAGCGGCAGGGUCAGCGCGGUUGGCGCCUUAGCCAUGCUCUCGACGCCUGUUCGGUGGAUCACCAACGACUCGGUCCCCAGCGAGUACAAGGACCAGACGACACAGCACUUCUUCGACUUUGUCCAGAUGGGCGGUCGUAAACCCCUGACGGAGUUGACUGCACGCGAGGCAUGGUGGCCAGUGCUCUUCGUCUCCAUCCUGUUCUUUUUGUGGGGCUUUAGCUACGGCCUGCUGGGCAACCUCACGAGUAAGAUUCUCCAAACGAUAGCAACUGCUCAAGGCGACGGCGCCACGCCUGCGCCGUGGCGAGAGCUUACACUACAACUGUCGUACUGGAUCGGGUACGUCAUCGGGCCAUUAACCGUCGGCAUCUACGUCCUCCACAAGCACGGCUUCAAGGCGACGUUCAUGACUGGCCUCGUGCUGUACGGUUGCGGCUGCAUGUGCUUCUGGCCGUCGUCGGUGCUGGCGAGCUACGGUGGGUUCAUCGUCUCCAACAUCCUCAUCGCAAUCGGUCUAUCCGUUCUCGAGGUCGCUGCGAACCCGUUCAUUGCCCUCGCUGGGCCGGGUGAGCUGAGCGAGGCGCGUCUCAACUUUUCCCAAGGCAUCCAGGCGAUUGGUGGUCUGUUUUCGCCCAUUCUCGCGCAGAAGGGGUUAUUCAGCAAGAGCUUUGGGCGCGACUCCCUCUUUGACGUUCAAUGGUGUUACCUUGCGGUGGCUUUAUUCGUACUCGUCCUCACACUCGUCUUCUUCUACGUCCCGCUGUCCGAGGCCACGGACCGCGAACUUGAGGAGGAAACGAACCAUCGUCUUCGCGCUGCCGGUAUCGAACGCGGCGCAACGGCGUACUGGAUGCCCGCGAGGUGGCUCGUCAUUGGUGCAGGCGUAUUCACAAUGUGCGUGUACAUCGGCCAACAGGAGUCACUAUCCUUCUUCUGGAACGAGUACAUUGCAGAGGUACUCCCUAACACCGACUCGUUCUGGGACCUGCAAAUAGGCCACGGCCUCUUCGCCGCUGGACGCUUCAUUGCUGCGGGGAUCUGCUACGCUGGCUUUACACCACGCCUCGUCCUCAACGUCUGCUGCCUGGGGACGUUCAUCACGACGCUCUUAGCCGUUUUCCUUCCGGCUGGCAAGGGCGCGUUCGCGUGCGUCUUACUCGCCAUGUUUUUCGAGUCGCCGGUCUUCCCGACGCUCUUCGCGACCGCGCUACGCGGGCAAGGGAAGCACACGAAGUUCGCAUCCGUGGCGCUCACAACUGCGAUAGGCGCAGGUGCACUCGUGUGGAUGCCAGCGACAUACGGUAUAGAGCGACGAACACGUGAGGUCCGCACGUCAUUUAUCCUCAUCGCCGUCCUCUGCGGGGUACAGAUGAUCUACCCUGCACUGCUCGCUAUGCGCCCGGUGCUACGUCGCCUUGUCGACCCGCGCUGGAGUCGUGUAUCGUCUAGACGCGUAUCGGCAGACACAUUGGGGAGCACCGAGAAGCAUGCCCACGUCGAGGUGCGCGCCGCGUCGUCUGAAGACUCGGGCUCGCCUGACAUGACCAGCGCGACACUGCAGAUGCCUGGCUCAUCUGCACCUCCACACGGCCUGAGCAUGCCGUCCGCAAGGAGCACCGUGUCGAAAGUGCCUUCUGGAAGGACCACAACGCCUCCACCUUCACGGGCACACUCGCCACCAGCAGCCACCAACGCAGGUGACGAUCCAGAGUUCUUGGGGCUGGUCGGGGACCUGCCCGAGAUCAAAAUGUAG